AUGCCUUGGUUACUAGUACAUAACAGAAUAAUCUUCCAGGCUGUGUUUUUGAGAUAUGUGCUUAUGAAAAGGGUUGAUUUUUGGUCACGCGAAUUUUCUGGUGUUUUUGCGUUUUGCAAGAACAAAGUGGUUAAUGCCCAAGGUAAUGACUACGGGUUCGAUUUUAUCUGGCAUAGUAGAAAUUGGGACAAAAAGACAGUCUCCUGUUUCAAUUGGAGUAUACAAAUAUACGGCCACAUUUCUGUUAUAUGUGUCUCCGUCAUAAACAAGCUCAAGAUCGUGAGCAAAUUCAGGAUCUCCAGCCAUGACUUUAUUGAUGCUUUCUGGAACUGA